UUAACUCCAUCGGUGUCUCACAUCCUCGAUCGAGAGAUUUAUCUUGACAAUUGUUUUUAACAAUAUGCUUUAAUUUAAAGUAUGUGCAUUCAGCACAAGAGUUUCGUAAUUUGCUUGCUGAAAAUAAACAAACAAUUUUCUAACGAUUAAUUAUCGGAGAGAUAACGAAAAAGAUCCAUGGAUUGAUAGACUGACCGAUGGAGAAUUUUAUUUUUACUAUUCUAAUCUUGUGCCGUUUGUUUUCUUUUUUCCCGCAUUUACUCCACAUACACAACACAGGCCCGCAUCGCCGCCGACCUGAUUGAGCUGCGCAACAAGAGCGUAUUUGCGUUUUUAAUGUUCAAUGCAUUGUUCGUUCUGAUUGUAUUCUUGCUACAGCUCAACAAGGAUCAGCUACACGUUGUUUGGCCGCUUGGCGUCAAGACCAACAUCACUUAUAUUGAAGAGACCUCGGAGGUACACAUCACAAAGGAAUACUUGCAACUCGAGCCGAUCGGUCUUGUAUUUGUAUUUUUCUUUGCGUUGAUAUUGGUCAUACAAUUCACCGCAAUGUUGUUCCACCGAUUCGGCACGCUGGCUCACAUCUUAGCCAGCACCAGCUUGAACUGUUGCAAAAAGACGAAAGAACUUUCGGAAGAAGCCUUACUAUCGAAACAUGCGAUCGAUAUAGUAAGAGAUUUACAAAGAUUAGACGGAAUAGAAGGUGACUACGAAGAAGGCAGCAGUAGCGGGCCAGGUAGACGGAAAACGAUCAGAAAUCUGGAGAAGAGUCGCAGGAAGACGCAAGCAAUCAACACACUCGACGUGGCCUUCAGGCAGCGGUUUUUCAGCACUACCAAUGGAGGCCUUUUGCCGAGAAACAUGUCGACGCGACGCACGACAGAGGCGUUUAAAGCGUUCGAGGGCAGGCGCAAUAGUAUAAUGGCAAUGCGUCGGAAGUCGCAGAUGCAAACUCUAGGUGCGAAUAACAUUUACGGCGUGGCCGGCAAUCCGCUAGGGAUUCAAGGUCGACCGAUUCGCAGCAGUCAGAUAUCUGUAAAAGACGUAUUCGAGGGACACGGGACGGGACACAUAAACUCUGGUUACGAAGGCGACGACAUGCCGGGCAACAGCCUACAGAUGCAGAAUCUCAGCUGCAAUCAAGUCACGUGGCGAGAAGUAAACUCAAAUGUAUGAUUUUUUAAAAUGUAGAUAAGUAAUGAAAGAACUGGAUGAAUUAUACGUAUGACUGAAAAGCCGAGUAUCGUUUUUCCAAGUCGUGUUUUGAAAAAACGGAGAGAUUAUAAUAUGCUUCUGAACACAAAUCGUUGAGAAUUUUAACUAUAAAAUUCAAAUAUUUGCUUGAGAUUGUUGAAGAAUCAAAUAAUAGUUUAUGAAGCCUAAUUUUAUCCUAUAUUUUUCACACAUAUCUUUUAGAUAUGUUUUAACUGAUCUUUGUCAUUCUUAUCGUCUAUUUUGUAUUAUCUACGACGCGUAAAAGGAUGUAUUCUGCGUAUCUUAAAAAUAUUAUUUAUUAAAUUAUAAUAUGAAAGUUUGUUGCUUUCUCUUUUAACUGCACUUUUGUUAUACUUUCUUGAGUCUUAUACUACUUUUUUGUGACAUUUCGUUUUCAGUAAAUGUAAUACAGUUAAAAGAAAAUAGACUUGAUUUUUAUAUUGUUACUGCCAAGACAUAUCGAAGAUCACGAUAAUUACGCUUAUUUGCUCCAUUUUCAUUAUUAUAUGUGAUAAGACUAAUAUUUAAAAUGUGCGAUUGUGUGUGUACGAUAUUAUAUAUAU